AUGCAACAUAGUUUUAUUCGUCUCCUAGCUUCCCAUAUUUUAUUAUUAGGCAGUCUCGCUCAGCAGACGACCAAUAACUAUGUAUCCGUUAGCUGCUCGCAAGGCGUCGUUCAAGGAAGGCAAGUAGAUUACGGGAACGAUCGAAGUCAGUUAUACUGCGGCAGUGGAAACGUGUUCACAGGGAUCCCCUAUGCUCAGCCGCCUGUGAAUGAUCUCAGAUUCCAGCCGCCGCAGCCAAUCACGUCUUUCAACAGUCCGAUGCACGAUGCCACCUAUUUUCGGCCGAAAUGCCCACAGACGAAUGCGAAUGGUCCGACGAACGAGGAUUGCCUUUACUUGAACAUUUAUACGCCGCAAGUCGGCAAUACCACGGCGAACAUGGCGGUUCUAGUGCUGAUCGAUGGUUCGAAUGGGUUCGCGAACGGCGGAUGCGAUGAAUCGCAAGUGAAAGGAAUUGUAUCGAAUCUCGUCCAGCGCGAAAUUGUCGUUGUCACACUUCAAUAUCGAUUGGGAGCAUUGGGCUUCUUCACAACGUACACCGGUGUCGUUCAAUCGAAUUUGGGAAUGCUUGAUCAGGUGCAAGCGAUGAAAUGGAUUAAAUCGGAGAUCACGAAUUUUGGGGGCGAUCCGAACAAAAUCACCGUUGCUGGACAUGACGAUGGCGCUUGCGCGGUGUCGGCUCACACGCUCAGCCCAAUGAGCCAAGAUCUCUUCCAGCAAGCCAUCAUCCAAAGUGGUUCGAUCUACAGCUGCUACAACAAUCUUCCAGUGGUCCCAGCUGCACAAACCUCGAUGUACGACGAUCCGAGUGCCCAUUAUGGAAACGCCAACUACGGAAUGCCAACAACGACAUCAUCCACUAGCGCCUACGACGCGCCAAACGCGCAAUUCGAUGAUCCGAAUGUUCAGCUCGCUGACACUCUCUGCAAUAUUAGUCCCGAACAAUGGAGAUCUGGACAGAUUCAAAACAUUCAGAAUUGUUUGAAGAAUUAUACCGUCGACUUUUUUGUGAAUCAAUCGCCAACUGGACAAACUUCGACGUGGAUGAUCGUCAGAGACAAUCAGUUCCUUCCGGACUCGGUGGAGAACUUGCAGGCGAGACGGCCGAAUAUUCCAAUUAUUAUUGGAACUGUUCAAGACGAGAACGCCGAUUAUGCAUUCAAACUGAUUAACACUGGAAAGUCCGAUGAUCCGAACAAUCUUGACAACUGGAUCUUCGAUUUUGCCAGAAAGAAUAAAUUGAAUAGCGCGGAGACUGACCAAGUCGCCAACAUUGUCUCGCAGAAUUACGGAGGCCAAGUGCAAUAUGAUGCUGGAAGCCAUCUACAGGGCUAUCAGACGAACACUGGAUACCAGCCGAACAGCGGAUAUCAAUAUCAGGCUCAGCCAACGACUGGCUAUCAGCAGAAUGCCCAGUACAAUAAUAAUGCGCCCCAGGCACAGACGCAAGGCUACCAAACCCAACAGAUAUUUGGACAAGCGAUCCAGUAUCAAAGCACUUACCAGGGUGGUGGUCAGCAAAUGCAAAGUCAGCCGGUAUACGAUCAAGGCGGCCGGCAACAGCAGCAAUACAAUCAGGGUUCUCAGAGUGCCUAUCAAGGAGGAGUGUACCAGAAUCAACAGCCACAACCAGUCUAUCAAAAUCAGCAGCCGGCGUCAACACCACCGACUUAUCAAUAUCAACAGCCGACGGCGACGCAGCCUGCAUACCUGCAGAAUCAAGGAAGUCAGCAAGUUCAGCGAGAUCAGCCAUCUGGAAGCGGGGUUUCGGAUUACACCCAACUGAAGAAGAUCACGCAGAUCGCUUCGGAUCAAUCCACAAGUCUUACAACGACGGAAAUCCAGUCGUUCAUGCAGAAUGGUGACCGGCAUGUGAGAAUCUAUCAGUUCACUCACGUGUCGGAAGUCGGGCGUCAAACUGUGCCGAAUACUGGUGACGCUUGGAAACCGGUGUUCAAGGGACAAGACAUGUUCUUCAUUACCAUGUCGGAGACGAUCUGGUCCAACUGCAACUACACGUCGCAGGAUCGACAAGUCGCUGACACGAUGGGACAACAAUGGGCUGAUUUCGUGAAGACCGGACAGGUCAACAAUUGGAGUCCGACGAAUCAGCAGAACUAUAAUUACUGCAAUUUCAACGCACAGCCCGUUCAACAACAGCAAUAUGCUCAACAAGCGAGACAGGUGUUCCAGGAGCAAGUGAAUCCGAUUUGUGUGCAGGCGCAGAACAACUACGCCGCUCAGAACAACCUCACCGUGCCAUAUUCACCAUCGACGCCAUUGGUGUCGCCGAGCCGAACGCCGGGAACCGCCCAAGUACAAUACGAUUCGAAUCCGAAUGGACAGAACUUUCACAUCACAUUCCAAGUCAACAGUUUUCCGUUCAACGGCUAG